GGACUCUGAAGCUGAAGUGUUUGAGGGCUUUGCUGCAAACGAGGUGCAUGUGAACAAGAAAGAAGUUCUGAUGGUGAAGACAGACUUGAGUGAUGAAGAAUGCGAUAAUUUGCUGGAUAAUGAAAAAGAAGAGGAGGAAGAGGUGAAGAAGGUGGUUUCCCCCAAGAGAAGAACCUUUGGCCUUCGUGUUGCUUUACAGUUUCCCACCAGGAAGUCAUCUGAGAAAAAAGUGCCUGAACAGGCUUUGUCUGAUUUACCUCUAAAGGACAGUGAAUCCCUCACACCUGUUUCAAAAGAAAUAAGCCUCAAGCGGUCGGACAAAGUAGAGGGCUCUGCUUCAGAGUCUGAAGAAGACAUUAAAGAAACACAGGAGGAAAGUUCCAGUGCACUGCUUAAGAGAGCCAUAAAUAUUAAGGAAAAUAAAGCCAUGCUUGCCCAGCUGCUGGCAGAACUGAAUUCCAUACCGGACCUGUUCCCAGUGAAAACGCCCAGCUCAACUCCUUCAAAACAGAAGAAAACCCCAAGGAGGACAUUUUCUGAAGGCCAGAUAACACGUCGAAUGAACCCAACCAGAAAUGCUCGUCCACCAGAAAAAUUUGCCUUGGAAAAAUUUACUAUGUCGGCUGUCAAAUUCGCAGAACACAUUCGUAGCUACAGACAACAAAACCUCUUGAAGAGACUCAGUGUGGGGGAUUGUGGAGUACGCAAAAGGAGGAGAUCAUCCAAGUAUUCAUCUCAUCGUCCGGUAGAAGACAUAACUGAGGAGGACUUGGACAACAUUGCAAUCACUGUUAGAGACAAAAUCUAUGACAAAGUUCUAGGUAGUACUUGCCACCAGUGUCGGCAGAAGACAACUGAUACAAAGACAAUCUGUCGCAACCAGGGCUGUGGGGGAGUGAGGGGGCAGUUCUGUGGGCCUUGUCUUCGAAAUCGAUAUGGUGAAGAUGUGAAAUCAGCUCUGCUUGAUCCAGCCUGGAUCUGUCCUCCUUGUCGCGGGGUGUGCAACUGCAGCUACUGCCGCCGGCGGGACGGGCGCUGUGCCACCGGCAUGCUCAUCCACCUGGCCAAGUUCUACGGCUACAACAAUGUCAAGGAGUACCUGGAAAGUUUACAAAAACAACUGGCGGCGGAUGACAAUUGAGAACACUGAACUCAAGCGGUGUCUGCAACUGCUUAAUAUGUUAACAGUUUGACUUCAGAGGUUUAUUACUAUGUUUUACAUAAAAUAGAAUUGUAGUGUAUAGCAUAUUCAUUUCUGUAUUGGGAACUUUUUGAUUGAUAUGGUCUUAUGCAAAAGGUCUCUCAGGAAAAUGUUUUGGUAGAGAAAUCUACAUGCACAGACCUAUAUGUUAAGUGAAAUGGCACUCUUGAACCUUGAGUGGUUAAUUUUUAAUAGAGCUGCACAGCCACAUGAUGGAGAGCUUGGUCAAAAUGAGCAAUAUUUUUAUUUAUAUAAUUGUGCACGUUUGCAGAAAGGGUGUUUAACAACUACCUUCAAAGCAUCCCGGCUUCAAAGAAACAAAACACUCUUGUCUACCAGCUCAACCAUAAAGAUCCAUUUUUCCAGCUCUGCUUUUUGAACCUGUUCCACCACCUGUAGUUUACAGAAUUUAUCCUUGCAAAGAAGGAAAAGGUACUUUCCUCUGAAUGCCAUUAUAUUCCAGCCAAAGCUGAUGCAAUCGACCAGUGGGAGGAUGGUUUUUGAAAAUUUUAUUCCAAAGUGCAAUUAUUCACCAAAACAUGAAAGUAGAAGAGUGUUUAAAAAAGAAAAGUUUUAAAAUAUCCCAGUAAAAAAAACCAACAAUACUUCUCACCAGCAGUUUUUGUGUAGUGCACCUGCUGCCUGAAGCAUCUACCCAGCUGUUGUACUGGUCUAUAUCAGAGUUCAGGAUUAAUUUUUUUACUUACAGCUCACCCUUAGAUAUUUUUUCAUUUGUACAACCAGGCUUUCAAACAACUUUGUUUAAAUGCAACAUAUUUGUAUUGCAUGUUAAAGUAUGUUAAAAUUUGUGUAAGAUACACAUUUCAUUUUAUGUAGAGAGAAUAAAGACUGAUCUAAUGAGGAGUAUUUUGUGAUUC